AUGAGUAUCUCGAUAAGCGUUAAAACACGGCGACGAAGAAUUCAAAUCCAGAAUCGCUCGUUUAUUCUAGGGCUGGGUUUCGUUGGAGAGUUCUUCGUGCAAGAACUGAAGAACUCGAGAUGGGUUUUGAUGCAAAUGAUACAGAGUAAGCUCCUAUAUAUUAUCACUAAGAAAAAGAGGAAGAGAAUAGAAUGUUGUUGUUUUGGCAUGGUUGAAGACGAUUGGCUCUCCUCCACUUUAUAUUUCUUUUGCAGGAGAGUCUACAACAUAGUCGACGGCGAUCCAGCUCGUUCAGGUCCAAGGGAAGAAGUUUUCUCAUAUUCUCAGGAUCUGGUCGAGAAAAAGUGGCCCGAUAAAGUCGAACCAUCACCGAUGCAAGUAGAGGUAAGUGUUAUUAUCAGUAGGGGUGGAAUGGGUGAUAAAAGUGUGUAAUGUACGUAUGAAAAUGGAGCUCGGAGUGAGUCUUGAGAGCAAGCGAUCGGACCAUUAAUCUUUGGGAUAGUAAUUAAGGUCGUAAUUC